GGAUCACUAAGAUUAAGAAGAUUUUUGAGAUUGUGUUCAAUAUUGGACCAUAAAUUGAUCUGUCAGCUAUCAAGUUUGAACCACACAUGGUAGACUUCAGGUAAACAAGUUGGAAAGUGUUUAUGCCUGCUGAAGUGAAAGUUCUUCCUACAACACCAUACACAUAAGGAAAAGAUAAAACGAGAUUGAAGAAGGUGGAAGCACUCAUCCCGUGUUAAGGGCCGUAAUUAUGAUCUCACGAAAGCCAGAACCUUCACACUAACUGAAGUUACGGUAAACUGCAGUUGGAUUAGUGGCUCUGCCUGGAACAUGGAUGCUUUUGAGGGUCUUCACAGUGUCCGGCUGUCCUCCUCUCCGCCUGCCUCUGCCUCCAACCCGGGGUAUGAAGUACUAGUAUCCGCUAGGUCUGGUGUCCAGGUGUACUCCAACGCUACGUUCUAUGGAAAACCCGGUGUUCUGGAGCGUGCACAGCGGAGAGGGAGAGACACACAUCUCUCCUACCGAGAGGAGACUAAAGAGGAGAGGUGUCAGGUUGGAAGGUUGGUAGACCUGGAGCCCGGUCCGAGCCCCCGGGUGGACGGUGGAGGGCCGGCCGACCCAGGUUCCACCAGGCCCCAGGAGGGAGCUGUUACCCAGGCCCGGAGCCAGAUCAGGGGCAGGGAGGGCAGCAGGUUGGAGGGUGCUACCCAGCUGGAGGUUGGGCGGGGCGGGGAGCAUGAGGACAACGUGUCCCGGCUCCGAAGCUCUUCCCUGGAGAUCAGAGAGAAGGGAUCAGAGAUCAGAGAGAAGGGAUCAGAGAUCCUACGGGAACAACUGGAUACUGCACAGAACGAGCUGAAGCUGAAGGAUAAGGAGUGUGAGCGUCUGUCGCAGGUCAGAGAUCAGCUGGAGCAGGAACUGGAAGAGCUCACUGCCAGUCUAUUUGAGGAAGCUCACAAGAUGGUGCGUGAAGCCAACGUGAAACAAGCUGCAGCAGAGAAGCAGCUGAAGGAGGCUCAGGGCAAGAUUGAUGUCCUUCAGGCGGAGGUGUCCGCCCUGAAAACCAUGGUCCUGACUUCCACCCCGUCUUCCCCCAACCGCCAAGCCCACCCUCAGCUCCUCUCCCCGGGCACGAGGUCCAAGGGGGCCAGCCCCCGCCAUGGAGGAGGACACACGCGCAACAAGAGCGCCAGCUGGGCCUUGCCAUUGGCUCCUGGUGGGAACUUAGACCCGCCCUCUGUCUCCCUGCAGCCAGUCAGAGAGGACAAAGAGCCUACGGUUCCUGCGCUCCUCUCUCUGAUUUUGUGUUUGGUUCCGGGCCACUCGAUCUCUGUGACCUAUGAACCCUACUGGGCAGAGAACGGGGAGGGGCCACGCUCUCUCAGCCGACAGAUGGACAACGUGCUGUAUGCAGAGUUCCUGACCUGGAAAGACAGCCCUAGUCUGGACAGAAUGUCAGCCUUCCUGGGCCGUAUCUACAGAGAGGACAUCAGCCCCUGUCUCUCCUUCACCAAAUCUGAGUUGUCUCAGUCGGUGCAGAAUGCAGUGGAGAACAACUCGCUGACCAUCGAACCGGUGGCCGUGUCCGCCGUACCCAUGGUCAAAGCCAACGCCGUAGAGUGUGGCGGGCCCAAUGGCCUGAGAGCAGCAGUAGAAACGAAGUGUGCGUUGAGCGGCAUGUCCCGGUCCUGUAAGCAUCGCAUCAAACUUGGAGACCGAGAGAGUUACUACUACAUCUCUCCCUCCAGCAGGGCACGGAUCACAGCUGUGUGUAAUUUCUUCACCUACAUCCGUUACAUUCAGCAGGGCCUGGUCAGACAUGAUGCGGAGCAGAUGUUCUGGGAGGUGACACGUCUACGGCGGGAGAUGACUGUGGCCAAGCUGGGCUUCUACCUCACAGACACCGACCAGGGAUAGAAGACAGACAAGAGGAGACGUCACCGUUAGACCUGGGUCAUGUUCAUUAGGGCACACCGUAGCAAAAAUGUAGUUGUUUUUUUUUGCUCGACGGACCAUGUUUUGCAAGCGCUUCGUAUUGGAUAAGUUCAGAUAUUACCACUCGUUUAGGGACGCUUUCUUACGUUUCAUGCUGAACACGACCCCUGGGAUAGAAGACAGGAGCUACAAGAUCACCAGUACCCUUUUUUACACGGUCCUGAUAACCCAAACCCAGAAACAAAAAACUGGGCUGGUUUGGCUCAGUAGUGUGAAAAGUCCUCAGGUGGACACGCAGAACACAGAUUUUAUUGAGGUAGGAGAGCGAUUUCAAGUGUGUCUAAGGGAAGCAGAAAUGACACCACUAGCUUUGCAAUUAGAUUAGCCUCGUACAAACCAGCCCGAUCUGGCGAGCUACACGGUAGCGGAAAAAAAACAAACAUUGUAGCAAAACAUAAUGUAAGCUUGUGAGAUCAAUAUAGUUCGUACGAUGCUAGCAGUUAGAGCUAGUUUAUAAAGUGCAUAGCUCAAUCACAAUAUUAUGACACUACCUACAAAGACAUGCAAUGGAUAGCAUCGUAUAUAUGGACAGUAGCGUAUGUGAUUAUUAAUCAAUAUAACCAUAGAAAUUCUGUUUAUUAUUAUUAUGUAAAAUUGACAAGUGGUUACACAGCUGAUCUUAGUCGGCACAGAUUUGAAACCUAUAUACGGAUGUGUCAUGCUGCCAACACUAAUAUGGAUCGAAUCCUAACUGGUUAUUAAUCACACAGAUGUUUUAGGUUGGAGUUCUGACCAAUAGAGAACUAUGCUGCUCACUUUUCAUUCUAAACAGCUGUCCUAGUCUUACAUGUCGUCUCCUCUCACCUUAACAACCAGACCAGCUACGUGUCGUCUCCUCACCUUAACAACCAGACCAGCUACGUGUCGUCUCCUCUCACCUUAACAACCAGACUAUGUACGUGUCGUCUCCUCUCACCUUAACAACCAGACUAUGUACGUGUCGUCUCCUCACCUUAACAACCAGACCAGCUACGUGUCGUCUCCUCACCUUAACAACCAGACCAGCUACGUGUCGUCUCCUCUCACCUUAACAACCAGACUAUGUACGUGUCGUCUCCUCUCACCUUAACAACCAGACUAUGUACGUGUCGUCUCCUCUCACCUUAACAACCAGACUAUGUACGUGUCGUCUCCUCUCACCUUAACAACCAGACUAUGUACGUGUCGUCUCCUCUCACCUUAACAACCAGACCACCCAUUACUUUGCCUUAACCUUAAUAGAUUCUUGCACUACGUUGUAAAUGCUUUGCAUAUAUAGGACAUAUAGGAAAGACACCUGGAACUGAGAGGCUGGGUAAUAGAAGGGAAGUAUUCACUCAGUGUAGAUUUAAAAAGAAAAAUAGCUGACUCGAUUUUUAGUACUACCCAGUUCAGAAGUAGUGUGUUGCAGGUACACAAAGUAAAAGUAUAGUGAGUUAUCUGAAAUAUCCCCGUCUUCACUCUGGAUACUGUGCAACGACUAUCCUAGAAAUUAAGGAUACAGUUUUUUUUUUUUUUUACAUAACGGAGUCAUAAACCAAUCGUAGACGACUGAGCAAUAAGUAGUUCCUCCUCCUUCCUGACACUACCAAUUUUAUUCACAGCUUUAAAAUCACUAUGUAGUUGGGAGAGAAAACAGUUGUACAUUUAUUGCAGUAUGUUAUGCACAACCGUAGUUGUAAUUGCACUCCUGUAAAAAUGUUAUUGUAAUUGCACUCCUGUAAAAAUGUUAUUGUAAUUGCACUCCUGUUGUGUAUGAUAAUGAUGUAUAAGCCAUACAUGACCAUGAAUUGUGUAGCUUUUGCGUGGAUACAUAGCCAUAGUGUGUACAUGGGCGUGUGUGUGUGUGUGUUCAGCAACUCCAAAACACUAUAGUGUUGACAUUAGCCAUAUCUUGCAUGAAUCUUUAUCAAAUGAAGAAUAUCGGAAGUCUGAAAGUGCAAUAACAGCCAUGCUAUGAGUUUGGAAUCCUUGACUUAUUAUGUCAAUAAAACAACCAGUAUGAUUGUA